GUAUCUUAGCAGCAAUAAGAAAGUAAAAAAUGUGAGAAAUAAUAUUUCUCAUUAAAUGACUUAAUUCAAUGGCUUAAUUCUUCGAUAUCAAUUGUAUGUCAAUGAUAUGCAAUUCUCUCAAUACUCCUCCUUUUUAUUCGAGAAUAAAUUCUUAUCUUCCACCUGUUCAUACAUACGUGAACUAGGUGGGAUUAGUUUAUCGAAGAAUUGCCAUCAUGUGCUACGAUCCAACCAGAGAAUACGAUUUGGCAUGGCGGCAAAGAACCUGUUCUGUUUAGUUCACUUCAACUUGUUGUCACAAUAAGUAGUGAUUAUCAUGACUGGUUUUUUCACUUACGUAACUUAUUCCUAUCAAAGUGAAUAUUUUCUAUGAAUCGUAUCAGCCAGAGUCGUAGUGGAGUCAUCGUGAUUAAGAUUUCAAACAAAAUUAACGCCAAAGUUGAAUAGAAAUACGUGAAAAGGAGUGUAGGAUAUUAGAGUUUGGCAGUUGCGAUUAAACACCGGCCGAACGUAAACGAACGAAACGUAAACAAUCACCAUGGCAAAGGAAAUGAUGAUAGUAUUCGUUUUUGACACAUCAAGAUGUUGUAAAGAAGAAGAUGAUCCUGGAGAAGCAGUUAUGUACUUUCAUCCGGCAUGGGUAUCACCUACCCAAAGACUCGCUUUAGCAGGCCAAUUAAUGGGUAUUAAUCAAUUCUUAGCAACAUCAUUUUCUCCACCACAUUCAAUUUGCUUACAAGGUGGAAAAUUUGUUUUUAAAAAGUUUGGUCAAUAUAUUUUGGCAGUAGGAACGGACAGAAAUAUACAUGAUUGGGUUUUAGAAAGAAGAGCAAAUACCUUAGAAUCAAUAUUGACGUUUUUUCACUGCGAUCUCGUCAAAAUAUCCGAAUCUUUCAACAAUGAUAGAAACAAAUUUACUGAAAAGCUAUAUCAAAUGUUUGAAACUUAUUUACCAAUUCUUCAAUACAGUGCCAAUUUAUUUUCUAAUAUCCCUGUUAUUAAACUUCCAAAGAGUGCCAGUAAUAUAUUUUUGGAAGCAAUACAAAUUUUACAGUAUUGCCAAGAGACUAAUGGAAUAAUGGGUGGUGCUCUAUUUUACAAUAACAAGGUAGUUGCUACACAAUUAAGCGCAGAUUUAACUAAACAAAUAGUUAUCAUGGAUCCAUAUAGAAUAAAGGCGCCCGCAGAGAGAGUAGAUACAGAAUUUCAUUUGCCUGUAGGAGUUCAAUUGCUACGAGUAUACAUAAAAGAAAAACAAUAUACUGAAUUAAUGCAGGAGGCAAAUAACGAACGUUACUUCAAUUCUUAUUUGGAUUCUAUGGCACAGAAAUUGUCUUCUCAGAAAAAGAGCAUGCGUAAGAACAGUAUGAAAGAAGCACACAUGUCUGGACCAAAACGCGACAUGUCACGAAUUUUUACGGUACCUGAAGAAGGAGAGUUAGAACCAAUGCAUUGUAAUAAUGGUACGACCAGUAUUUCUUCUCUUCCUAUCACUGUGUAUAGUUCACCGGUGAAGUCUAAGCAAGAAUAUAAAAUAGAACCUAAUGAAUAUACGACAAAUCCACAAACACCAAGUGUAUGUUCUACGCCUCUGAAAGAUGUAAAUAGAGUGUUACAUGGAUCGGCAGUUUUAAUAUGCAAUAUGAACGAUAGUGCUGAUAUUUCGAGAGAAAAGCAAGAAGAAAAGCAAGAAGAAAAGCAAGAAGAAAAAGAAGAAAAAGAAUCGAAAGAGAUAAUGGAAGAAAAUAUGGAUGACAUUCCAGAUGUGGUCAAAGAAGCGCUUCGUUGUAAACAUUUAAAUAAACUAAAGAAUAAUCCUUCUGCCAGAAGAAAAUCAUGGAGAAGCAAAGAUCCGAUAAAAAAAAGCUUAAGCACAUCCGAUGUAGACAUUUGUUUGGAUAAAAUUUCAUCUGACAUUCCACUUAGAACGUAUACAUUAGGAUUACCAAAUUUAAAUAAAAAUGUGCAUGUUCAUUGCGACAUGGAUAUGUUGACUAGUAAAUUAUUGGCAGAAAAAAACAUUUUCCAUACGAUAACUGAUCCGUGUUAUCCAGUAUUUCGUUCCGAUGGAUUACCUGUUUCGCAAGCAUUAUACGAACAAUACAUAGCUUCGCAUUACGAGGAACUUCAAGAUAAUAGCGUAACAAUAAAUGAUUACAUAGACAAUCGUUUUCUUCAUUUACCCGAUUCAUUAGAAUCAUCGAAUAUAGCAUCUACUAAUGCAUGCAAUGAAAAUGCUAGCGGAGAUUUGAAGAAAGAUGAAAUUACUGCAAUUUGCAAUGCAAAAGUUGAUAACAAAAGUAAACAACAAGAAUUUAAUAGGAAAGGUAUGAGUUUACCUUUGAAACCGCUAAAUAUUUUGGAUAGUGAUGAUAAAUGUAAAUCCGAAUCUGAAUGUAAUAACGAAUUGAAUUGUUUGCAAAAAAGAAAAUUAGAAGGAUUACAAUUAACGCCUCUUAUGUCUAAAUUGACCUUACUUGCCGAUGAACGAACCAGUGGUUUUUGCAGCAAAGAAACAACACCUAGCGAAUUUCGUGAUAUAUUUGGAUUUUCUUCUACGACAAAUCAAUUAUUGAAACAAAAAUUAGAAGCGGUAAGUAAGAAGGAAACGGAUAAAGAGAAUGAAAGUAAAUCUGAUGAAAGUGAAUGCUUCGGUGCUACUAAAGAUGAAAGUAAUAUAGUACAAAUAGAAUUGUUCCUAUGUGGACAUCAAAAUAUGGUAUUGGUUUUAUUAAUGGAAAAUGGGACUGCUAACAAUCCAGACUUGAUACAUUCUCUUUGGCAGACUUGCAUAAAAACACUUGGACGACUCGAAUUUCAAUUACAACAAUGUUUAGAUCCACUUCCGUCAAACGAAAAUAAAGAAUUAUAUAGUAUUUUGAGCGUCGAUGCAGAAUGGGAUACGAUUAAUCGUUCUGGACUUUGGGGUGUCACAGAAUUAGAUAUCGUAUCGUGUCUUCACAAUAGAUUCAGACAAGCCAGUAAUCUUACCGACGUUAUCGUUCGGACCGAAGAUGCCGUCGUUUAUGGUAAUCAAUGUGGACAAAUAGAAGUGUUUUAUCAACAAGCAGUAGCUCCAAAUAUAUCAGGGGGCCUUCCAACGCCAGCAGAUCUAAUGGGAACUAUAUCUUUGAAAGCCAAACGUAGACUUGAAAGAGACCAUGGAAUUGUAUUACUUUAAACUUUUGUUUUUUUACUUAAUUAAUGAUUAAUCUUUAUUUAUUGACGUUAAAUAGAACUCUCUCUCUCUCUCUCUCUCUCUCAAAUUGAUUUUAUUAGACAUUAUGAGUAAAUUCAUCUGUCGAGUUAUUAACAUAUCCGAAACCUAGCUUAUUCAUAUAAAAAUUUAACGAGUGAUCUGAUCUAUAAUAAUAUUAUCGUUACAUAUUCACAACUAUGUACAGACCAUGAUAUAAUAUUUUGUGGAGAAAAAGAAAAUGAAAGGAAACAAAGGAAAAUAACAAAUUAACAGUAAUAUAUCUUGCUUAAAAAAAGUACUUCAAUAUUU